CGUGACGUUGCACCUGGGUAUAGAUGAUAAACAUAUGAAGAUUUAUCAACGGCAUGCUUAGCGCCUUGGGCGCAUCAUUCGCUAUGUUCAAAAUGCCCUCGACUCUUACUUGUUAACUAUGCGUUGCUUCCCUGGGCUAUACAAGGAGGAAAUGUAGGUUUGAGAGCAAAUAGCACAGGGUGUUCGUCUGUCUAUGUCGCUUCAAAGGCGAAUAUCGGCCGGGUCCUCACGGCUGGGGUCAGCGGACGGAACAGCAGUCCUAAGCCGCAGCAACAGCGUAACAGGUCUAACAGAUGAAAAUGUUAAGAGCGCAUCCCAGCGGUUCGAUGUGGAAAUCGUGUUUAAAUUAACUUGGGCAAACAAAGGACUCACACGCCUGGCCGGACUUGAGAAAUGCGCCAACAUUGUGGAGUUGAACCUGGCAGGCAACCAGAUUUCAAAGAUUGAGGGCCUAGAAAUGCUACUACAGCUGCGGCGCCUGGUGCUGUCGUCCAACCGCAUCGGCCGCGUGGAGGGGCUGUCGCAGCUGAAGCGGCUGGAGGUGCUGUGGCUGCAGGACAACCGGGUGGCCACCCUGGAGGCGCUGGCGCUGCCGCACCUGGCGGAGCUGCCCGCCCUGCGCGCCCUCUACCUGCAAAACAUCGACCGCUCAGCGCACAACGCCGUGUGCCGGGUGGCGGGCUACAAGGCAGCGGUGCUGGCAGCGCUGCCCAAGCUGACCAACUUGGAUGGAGAGAGACUGUGUGUUGCCCCCCUCACCGCUCCCACUCCCGCCGCCCUGCGGCCGCCGCCCAGGUCCCCCGCCUCCAUCAACUACGCGGAGCUCGCUGCCGAGUACGACGCCUUCCGCGCCAACCCGCCGCCGCCAAAGGAGGUGGUGCUGCCCACAUUGACCCCGUGGCUGGCGGGGGUGAGCACGGAGGUGGCCAUGGGGGGCGGCCCGGGGGAGGCGGCGCUGCAGCAGCGGCACGCCAAGGUCGUUAAGGACAUCGACGAGUGCGAGGUGCUGGUGCAGGUGCUCAAGGAUGCAGUGAGCAAGUUUAAAAAGCAAGUGGAGGAGAGGAAAAAGGAGGACUCGGGAUGAGCGUUCGUGAGGGACUGGCAUAAAGCAUGGAGGACCGAAGGGCGCAGAGACGAAUUCCACAUGACCAAUUUCUGUGCCAAUUGGUCGUGCGGUGGUGUCUGGCAGUAAUUACUCGCCUAGGGGGACAUGCGAGUCUCACGGUCAAAUCCGCAUUCCAUGCGUUUUCACGCGAAGAGCAUAAAGAUUGCGAAGGGGUUACGGCUGUCCAUUGCCAACCCAUGUACAUAUUGAGGUGCACUUGUUCCGGAGUGAAGCAAUGACUGCACGUAUGUAUAUAUUUUUCGACGGCUCGACGAAUAGCGGUUGGGAGAGAUGCAUGGGCGUCUUAAGCCAAGGUGUAUCUGGGUGACCCCUUAGCUCCAAACAGCGUGCAGUGUGCUGGUAGGGGGUACCAAUACUGGCAGAACUGUCGGCGUGAUGGCCGGGCGGUGGGUGAGCUGACUGGUUUGGAGCUUGAACAUUCUUAAGGGAAUUGACGUGAAACGGUUGGUAUGCAGUGUGGAUCGCAGCGAGUUGCGACAGAACCACAUGAGCACUGGUAGAUUGGUGCCAUGGUUAGGCGCCACGAGUCUUUGCCACGAGCUUUCAUUGGUGUCAGGAACAGUUGAAGCGAGCUAUGGCCAGGGAUGGGUAAUUAGGUUACUGGUUGUGGGCUCCUAGAUUAUGUGCAGUAUGCAUUUCCGUGAAAGGCCGGUCCUUAAGUACGGAAAGCAACAAUAAAACCUGCCAUGCAGAUUGACCGGCAAGUAGCUGCGAAUGAACCCUUGACAACUCGGAGUGCAACCUGUGAAGUUCUGGAGUUUCGUGAUAAAGGACCGAGUACUCCGCUAACCAGCAACUGCGGCACUAAAGGUUUGUUGUCACAAGUGGUACCUAUAUGCAUGAGUCAUCCUCGUCCCCGGCAGGGUCCCGGCAUUCGACCCCGCCAACACCAAC